UUAGGGCCUGGAGGUUUUCGCGCGAAAACGGACUGUAGAUGUUGGCGGUCUGAACGUCUCACAGAGAAGAAGAAGGUCUGCUCUUCAGCUGAAGCACAGCACUUGACGUGGUAUAAAAGAGGAACAAUCCCCUGCUGAAAUGGAAACAUUUGGAGACCUCCAAGUGAAAGAGCUGAACAAGCGCUCGUCAGGACAAGCAUUUGAGGUCAUCCUGAGCCCCACAUCUCCAGAUGCCAAAAACAUUCCAAUCUCUCCUCUCAAGAAAAAGCCAACAUCACUGGAUGAGAUUAAGAGGAAACUGGAAGCUGCAGAAGACAGGCGCAAGAGCCAAGAGGCGGACAUUCUGAAACAGCUAGCUGAGAAACGAGAGCACGGGAAAGAGGUCGUCCAGAAGGCCUUAGAAGAAGACUGCAAGUUACGCAAGAUGGCACAGGAGAAACUCAAUCAAAAGAUGGAGGCAAACAAGGAGAACCGCACUGCCAGGAUGGCGGCACUCAAUGAGAAAUUCAAGGAGAAGGACAAGAAGCUUGAAGAAGUGAGGAAGAACAAAGAGGCAAUAAAAGAGGAUGAGAAUUAAUUUGUUUAUGAUCUGGAAAACAGUCUACAUCUCCAAAGAUAAGCUUUAUUUUGUAUAAACUCACACACCCAUUGUAUUUGUUGUGUUAGUUCUGAUUAUGCUGUUCAAAAGUUACUCACUGUUCGAUUUGGUUAGGAUAUAGUCAGAUAUGUGUUUUUGGCAGCUAAUUUGGUAGUUUUUGUGGUUAAAAUUAUAUUUUUUCAAGCAUUUAAUUGUAAUUAGUUGUCCCUCUUACCUAUAAUGCAUCAUAUAAUAGUGUUCUAGUACUGUUAAUGUUGUUGCAUGUUUAAAUAUAGGCUAUUGUACUUUACCAAGGUUCAACCAUUAAAGUCUAUAUCCCCAAACUAAUCUUUA